GCAGGCUGGCUGCUUCCCUAUUGGACAUUAAGUGAACUAGAUAGGGUGCCUAAGCCACUAGUUCACACCCUUAAAUAGUGCGCGUGCAUAAGGGAUCAGCGUGCUAUUUGAGAUUCAGCCAGGGCCUUCUUGUUUAUGGAGGAUUAAAAUUAGCGUUAGCAAGAUAUUAGCCUUUUAAAUCCGACUCUAAGGAAGUCUAAACCGAAGUCUGAGCUAGAGACUGAAAUAAAACUCCGAGGGUGAGGGCGGUGAAAGAGUUUAUUUAAAGUGCUGACUGGGCAUGAGAGUUGCAGACCUGUCCGUGUCGAUAAACCCGUGGGAUUUGGGAGGACAUGGCUGCACGGCCGCUUUCUUAUGACAGCAACUCGAGCGACACCGAAAACUGCGAGCAGAGAUCCAGUUCCCGACCUCGCCGCGUUUACAGACACUCGAGCAGUGGCAGUAGGCUGCGAGGCUCACAGCUGCACAGCGAGGUGGCGAGGAUGAGCGUGCACGGGGCCGAGCACUGCAGGGAGAGGCGUCGCUCUGGAGAUCGCUCCAGGGAUUCGUCUCACGAACGGGCCGAGGGCCAGCUCACGCCCUGCAUCAGGAACGUCACGUCUCCUACACGUCAGCAGCUCAGCGAUCGAGAGAGAGAAGCGGGAUCUUGGUCGAGGUCCGCGAGUCCCAGGCCUCAGAAAGGCUCCGGCUCCUUCUGCACAGAUUCUCACAGUAAACCUCACGGCUCAGACAUGAUUUACGUGUACGAAAACGUGAAGGAGGGCUCUCGGAGCGUGAGGACGGCGGAGAGGGUGACGCUCAUCGUGGACAACACGCGCUUCGUCGUCGACCCCGCAGUCUUCACCGCUCAGCCCAACACCAUGCUCGGCAGGAUGUUCGGAGCUGGGAGGGAGUACAACUUCACCCGGCCCAAUGAGAAGGGCGAGUACGAGGUGGCCGAGGGCAUCAGCUCCACCGUAUUCCGAGCCAUCCUGGAUUAUUACAAAUCGGGGAUAAUCCGCUGCCCUGAUGGGAUCUCCAUUCCCGAGCUGAGGGAGGCAUGUGACUACCUCUGCAUCUCCUUCGACUACAGCACCAUCAAGUGCAGAGAUCUGAGCGCACUGAUGCACGAGCUGUCGAACGACGGCGCGCGGCGGCAGUUCGAGUCGUACCUGGAGGAGAUGGUGCUGCCGCUGAUGGUGGCCAGCGCUCAGAGCGGAGAGAGGGAGUGCCACGUGGUGGUGCUCACUGACGACGACGUGGUGGACUGGGAUGAAGAGUAUCCGCCACAGAUGGGCGAGGAGUACUCUCAGAUUAUCUACAGCACAAAACUGUAUCGAUUCUUCAAAUACAUCGAGAAUCGGGAUGUUGCCAAGUCGGUGUUAAAGGAGAGAGGACUGAAGAAAAUCCGAUUAGGCAUUGAAGGUUAUCCCACCUACAAGGAGAAAGUGAAGAAGCGUCCCGGCGGCCGGCCCGAGGUCAUCUAUAACUACGUGCAGAGACCGUUCAUCCGCAUGUCCUGGGAGAAAGAGGAGGGAAAGAGCCGCCACGUCGACUUCCAGUGCGUGAAGAGCAAAUCCAUCAGCAACCUGGCGGCGGCGGCGGCGGACACGCCUCACGACCAGCUGGUGGCGCUGCACGCCGGGCCUCAAGUGGACGAACUGGACAUCCUGCCAAACCACCAUCACCACCCUGAUCCGGACGCUCCAGCUCCGGCUGUAUGAAUUUUAUAAACACCAGCGUAGUCUGGACACACUGGCUGAAUCCACGCAACACACACACACGCACACGCACACGUCACUGCAGACGGGCAGCCAAACCCACGAUGCCUUUCCGAGCCCCUCCCUGCCUUAAGAGACCUGUGUGCUGAACGCUGUAGGGUUCAGAGCAGUGGAUCAGCGAGUGUAUCCCAUCCAGGCAGUGUUCAGAGGGAAAUACCACUCCAUGGACAAACGCUAUGAUUAUCUACUGAUGAUGAUGAUGAUGAUGAUGAUGUAUGUGGCCUGCAAAUAUCCAGUUCUUCGUCUGAGUUUUAGAGCCCUGACACACCAAGCCUACAACACAGCUAGCCCAAACACAGGGCUCGACAAAUCAUAAAUUCAUUACUGAGCCAACGCAAAGCUCCGCUGUGCUUCCCGGUCUCACGUUUUGACCCGGAAACCUAAUUAACCAGGAUAAACAGUGUUAUCUAAUAUAUUGUAAUGUAAUGUAAUAAUGCAGAUAGGCGAGAUAGUUAGGUAGCUAGUUAAGUGCAUUAAUGUAGACUAAGAGAAAACAAAAAAAGUAUAUGAUCGACUAAAACUCAUAACUUGGAAUUAUUUCAACCUCUUGACUAGGAAGAAACAAAGUAAACUCAGGACGGUCUCUGAAACCCUGAGUUCAGCAAGUGACGUCAAAGCAACAUGGCUGCUCACAGUAAACAAAGUAGCACUUCUUCGCCUUUAAAUGGAGUUAUACCGUAUAUACAAGUAUUUGCUUUAGUAUAUAGUAUUUAUCAACAUACAGAAACAUUCACUCGUCGAAUUUAUAACACUGACUGUAUACAGUUCGCAUAUCACAAACGUUAGCUGGCUGGCUUGUUGCUAACAAAAGAUGAAAAGCAGCCAUGUUUUUCCCCCUACUUUGUAGGUCAAAAAUGACGUAGUUCUGACUUCCGAGGUAACAAAAGGAAGAAUUUAAAUUUGCCAGCAGCAACAAGUGUCCCAAAUCACAUACUAGUGGACUAAGUGUAUCUAUAGAAUCUGUACUGUUUUGACGUACUAUUUAACACGCUUCAGGCUCGCACAUCAAACUAGCGAGCCUAGCUACCGCAGUGAUGGCACUGUAAACCUGUGUAAAUGGUCUGCUUGGUGAGUUUAGAUCGAGUUAGAUACAGCCGUGCUUUUCCCCUUCACUGAUUCACUGCACCGUCUUCCACCAACCUCAGCCAAAAAAAAAAAAAAAAAAAAAAACAAACACAAGCGACGGUCGGCUUGGUGCGUCACAGCUCACGGACUCAUAAACCAAUGCAAGCACACGAACAAAAAGCCUCAAAACGUUAAUCAUUAAGACAUCGAGCGCAGCACAAUCUGUCUCGUCCAAACAUUUCAGCAGGUCUAAUCUAACACACACACACACACACACAGAGAGGCUUUCUGCGGUACGAGUGUGGUCACACACCGUUCUCCUGUUGUCCGUCUGAUGAAGGAAACUAAAGAGCGGUUCUUUACCAGAGCAGGAUUAGAUUAGAGCUGUGCUUGCUGUUCGAUUGUGUCUGGGGUCCUCAGUUUUAAAGGCUACAGGUUUUCCUGCUUCCACGUGUCUAACGACUUUUGAAGGCGUGUCUCCUGUUUGGUGAUUGAUAGAUUAGAUUGGGCAAAAGGAGUAAAACGGUGAUCUGAGCCACUACUGAUGAGCCUCGCACAGCUUCUCAGUCAAAUGUAAAACCGUACACGUGAUGUCACAACCUCUAAUUGUACUUUUCUUAUUUGUUCCUUUUUAUUUUUAGCGGCAGGGCGACACCACUUUGUUUCGAACACCACCUCGUUUUAUAGCUUGAUGUGUAUUUUAAUAAAAGGUAUCCGAUUGCUGUGGUUUGUCAA